CAUUUUCUCGCCGGCUGCCGCCGGUACCGGCCCCGCCGCCGCCGUUCCAUGUAGUGCCCCCUCCGGACCCCCCCCCCCGCAGACGGGCAGGCGCGGGGCCCCCCCGGCAUGAGGAGCUGCAGGAUGGUGCGGGUGGCCAGCGUGCUGGGGCUGGUGAUGCUCAGCAUCGCCCUCCUCAUCCUCUCCCUCAUCAGCUACGUCUCGCUGAAGAAGGACAACAUCUUCGGGGCGCCCCGCGCCGCCGGCCCGGGGGGGCCCCGCAUGUACAUGUUCCACGCGGGAUUCAGGUCGCAGCUGGCGCUGAAGUUCCUGGACCCUUCCUUCGUGCCCAUCACCAACUCGCUGAGCCAGGAGCUGCAGGAGAAGCCUUCCCGCUGGACCUUCAACCGCACAGCCUUCGCCCAGCAGAGGCAGGAGCUGCUGGCGCAGGUGGACGUGGUGAAGAACUUCUCGCUGACUCGGGGCAGCGUGCGAGUGGGGCAGCUGCUGCACUACGACUACUCGAGCCACAAGUACGUGUUCUCGGUGAGCAGCAGCUUCCGCUCGCUGCUGCCGGAGGUGUCGCCGCUGCAGCAGCGCCACCACAACGUCUGCGCCGUGGUGGGCAACGGCGGCAUCCUGACCGGCAGCCGCUGCGGGCCCCGCAUCGACGCCGCCGACUUCGUCUUCCGCUGCAACUUCGCCCCCACCGAGGCCUUCCAGCGCGACGUGGGCCGCAAAACCAACCUGACCACCUUCAACCCCAGCAUCCUGGAGAAGUACUACAACAACCUGCUCACCAUCCAGGACCGCAACAACUUCUUCCUCGGCCUGAAGAAGCUGGACGGCGCCAUCCUCUGGAUCCCGGCCUUCUUCUUCCACACCUCGGCCACCGUCACCAGGACCUUGGUGGAUUUCUUCGUGGAGCACAGGGGGCAGCUGAAGGUGCAGCUGGCCUGGCCGGGGAACAUCAUGCAGCACGUCAACAGGUACUGGAAGAACAAGCACCUGUCCCCGAAGCGGCUCAGCACCGGCAUCCUGAUGUACACCCUGGCCUCUGCCAUCUGCGAGGAGAUUCACCUCUACGGCUUCUGGCCCUUCGGCUUCGACCCCAACACCAGGGAGGACCUCCCCUACCACUACUACGACAAGAAGGGCACCAAGUUCACCACCAAGUGGCAGGAGUCCCACCAGCUGCCCGCCGAGUUCCAGCUGCUCUACAGGAUGCACGGCGAGGGCCUGGCCAAGCUCACCCUGUCCCACUGUGCCUAAGGACCAAACUCUUCCAAGUGCCAAAUGAUUGUCUACAAGAAGUGCCCAGAGCCCCCCAUCAAAGCGUUCUGCUGACGAG